AUGCGCGUUGACAUCCGAGAUCUGGUGCUCGGGACGAUGACGAUCGUGUUUAUAAUACUGACCUUUAACCACGGGCUUCAAACCGCAAUCAAGGAGUGCUACAUGUUUGGCGCAAUCCCGGUCAGCGUGGCGAAUAAAGUCGAGAUCCGGAAGGCGCUGCCGUUGAAGAGCAAACGUGAUGACUGCAUAUUCGUGACGCUGGGAAUCAACCAGGAUAUCCGGCUCGAGGAGGCCGUCAAGGCCACCCAACCAAAUUGCAAAUUUUUCGGCGCCGAUCCGGUUGCUGAGGGGAAUAAGAAGCGAGCCCUAAUCGACUACAUGUUUGUGGACAUCGACGAGACGGAGUAUGACCUUUUAGAGAUGCUGCAGGCGAAUAUGGCACACUCUAACGGGUUUGCGUUUUGCCAGAUCGGGCUCAAGCUCCACAACACGGUCGACAUCAAGAAGCAAAAGAAAUUCUAUGAUUUUGUGGUCCGUCUCAUCAGGGAAAGCGGCUACACAUUGGUGUUUGAUGACCAGGUGGCGGAACCGGGAUUUUAUCACAGGCUGAUAGAGUCGAAGGGCAAGCCGAACAGCGAUCCGUUGCUCAUCUGGUUUAACGGAGGCCCCGGGUGCUCCUCGUUUGGCGGCGCAUUCGAGGAAAUGGGUCCUUUUUACGUGGAUAACGACGGAUUUCGGUUGUAUGAGAAUAAGUACGCAUGGAAUGCGCGAGCCAACCUGCUCUUCAUCGAAUCGCCUGUCGGUGUCGGCUUCUCCUAUAGCACCGACGAUUUCUACUACGCCGAGGCCAGCGACGAUCAGACGACCGCCCAGAACUAUAUGGCGCUCAAGGAUUUUUUCGCAAGCUUCACCGACUACAAGAACCGAAAAUUCUUCCUAUCCGGCGAAUCUUACGCCGGUGUCUACGUGCCGACGUUGACGCUAGCCUUGGCUCGGGGCAUCAAUAAUGGCGAUUUUCCGAAUUCGAAUUUUCAGGGCUCAAAUAUUGGGAACGGCUACAUGCACGUGGAGUACCUCUACAAUUCGCAGGUGGUUUGGUCGGCCUACCAUGGGAUGGUGUCGAUGGACGAGCUGAGAUUUCUGAAAGCCAACUGUACCUUGCGCGCUACCGUCAUCGGCGACCUCGAAACGUACAGUUUUGUCGAAUACAUGACGACCGAGGGUCAUUUGGAGUACGAAUCGGACGGGUCGGCGUGCGGGGACUUGAUUGAGCGCCUCGUCAACAUGCCGGAUAUGGAAGACGAGUACAACUACUACCAGGAUUGCUAUGUCGACCCUCCCCUUUUAGCAGCUCUUCCUCAAAGACCGAAGCGGAUGCAGCGCAGGAAAAAUCGAGCCCGCAAGCAGACGCUCAACGGAAUUGUUGACAAGAAUGCGGAUUCUAGCGGAAAUCCAGCCGCAAAAUUCAACUACAUCUCGACGGACGGGGAAUGGGGGUACCCGUGCUGGAAUGAUGUGCUGCUGACCGUGUGGGCCAAUCGGAAAGACGUGCAGGAAGCGCUCCACAUCGACGUGGCGUGGCGGGCCACGAACUUGACGUGGCAAGAUUGCAACGAUCCAAUGUACGACGCAUACAACGUGACAUACACCGACCUAACGACCAUCUUUGAAGAUUUCCUAAAAGAGAACCGCAACCCGAAUUUCCGCUUCUUAAUCCAUAAUGGGGAUGUGGACACGAUCUGCAACUAUUUGGGCGAAGCGUGGUUUAUGCGGCGGCUGGCUGAGCGGAAUGCGAUGGAGGCUUCACCCCGCAGGCAAUGGUUCUUCUCGGAUCAGACAGCCGGCUUCGUGCAGCGAUUCACGCACGGCAGCGGCGUUAUUUUUGACUUGAUGACGGUAAAGGGAGCCGGCCACUUCCCGGCAGCCGAUCGCCCGGGGCCAGCCCGGCAAUUGAUCACAAACUUCAUCUGGGGCCCCGUGCCCACGGGCCCUGAUUAUAACUCUACAGCGGGCCUGAAGUUGAUGCCCACGUUUGCACCGUUGUUGAAUGAAGCCACUUCUGAUGCGCCCUCGACGACAUCAGGUUUAACGCCAACGACGUCGAAGCUAACGACAACUCGAGUAAAAAUGAUCCAGAGCGGAAUGGCCGCUCAGGAGAUUCGGCGCCAGGAGACGCGCGAGGUCCGCCAAACUGACACGAUGCGCUCCAAGAAGAGCGAAUCGUUCAUGGACAAGCUAUCCGGCACGCUCGGCCGUAAGAAGAAGCCGGAGCCGACGGAGGGCGGGGCGCCACACCACGAGGGCGACCACCGCGAGAACGAGCACCAGGAAAUGAUCCAGUACGAGCACGAGGGCCGCGAGGCGCUCGACUACGCCCUUAUCCCGGCAAUUUCCAAGAAAAUCGAGAUUGAGGAAGGGGCAGAGCGACGUUUCUUGACCCGCGAAUCGAGCGAAGACUCGCGGAUUCACGAGGUGAUCCGGCUCCUCCUGGGCUGGAUCAACGAUGAAGUGGCCGGGGAGCGCAUCGUCGUCAAAAACAUCCAGGAUGACAUCUACGACGGCCAGGUUCUUCAGAAGCUCAUCGAGAAGCUGGCGGAUAUUAGGAUCGAAGUGCCCGAGUUCUCGCAAUCCGAGGAGGGCCAAAUCCAGAAGCUUGAGAUUGUCGUCUCGACGGCCAACCGGCUGCUCACCCCCGGGCAAUACGAGAACCCAAAAUGGACGCAUCAGAUGAUCCACCAGAAGGAUAUCGUCGCCAUCAUCCAGCUGCUCGUGUCGUUGGCCGUCUUCUUUCGAGCGCCAGUACGAUUCCCCGAGCACGUCAGCGCCCAGGUGAUUGUCGCGCGAAAAGAGAAUGGCCAAGUGAAAACGCGGUACACCACCGAACAGCUGACAGAUAAGCAGGAUGAGCUGUGUCCGAAGGGUGAACGUGACGCCUUCGACACGCUGUUCGACUACGGACCCGACAAGUUGGCGCACGUGAAGGGGUCGCUGCUGGCCUUCUGCAACAAGCAUCUCAACAAGAUCAACCUGGAGGUGAACAACAUCGAGACCCAGUUCCAAGACGGCGUCUUCCUGGUGCUGCUCAUGGGGCUGCUGGAGGGCUAUUUUGUGCCUCUGCACCAUUUCCACCUCCAGGUGUCCACGCACGAGGAAAAGAUGAAAAACGUCCAAUUUGCAUACCAGCUGAUGGACCAGGUCGGCAUCAAGCCGAAAUCCAGGGUGGCUGACAUUGCUAACGGUGACGUGAAGUCGACGCUUCGCCUUCUCCACCUGCUCUUCACCAAGUAUAAGCACGUC